AUGGGAUCCGCUCCUUCAAAGACCCUGGAAGAGUGGUCUUCGGAAGAUCUUUCCCAAGAAUUGACCCGAUUGGGCCCCAAGUACCAAAGCUAUAGUGGUGCAAUUGCCGACAAUGGGCUGGAUGGUUCCAUUCUGGCCAGUUUGACGGACCAAGAACUGGACGAGACAUUGGAUGACUUGGGCUUUCAGAAUCGACUACAUCGUCUUGUCGUCCGCAAAAAGUUGGCAGCGGUGUCUCGCAGCAGCAGCAAAAGUACUAGUUCCGAAGAAGAGUUGACUCAAUGGAGCAGCCAUCCCUGCUUGGAGGAGACCACGACAGCAAUCCACAGUGAGAGACAGAAGGACCAACAAGUCACCCCAGAGAGAGAAGAAGAGGUUGACAAUGAUGAGGAACUGACUGAAGCUGACUUGGCCAUUUUUGAUGACAUUGUGGCUGAUAUUCUCGAAAAGACCAACGACAGUUCCAUCUGUUAUGUGGGAGUGCAUCUCAUUCAAAACGAGGGACAACUACUCCUCAGUGGAGCCUUGCGAGAAUCGGAAGACGACGACGAUCAUUCCGUCGAUUCACUCCAACGAUGGCAUUUGCGACCUCAUCAAGAAUCACUCUGUUCCACUCUGGUUCGAACCAAAACACAAGACACAUUCAUGAAGGUCAAAUUGCCACGCAUGGGCAUGACGUAUCGAGGACACGUCCUGUGCAACUCGCACGGGCAUCGGGAAAUGGCCGGACGCGUCGAACGACACAUGCGACCCCGCGAAACGCUCAUUACCAAAACCGCCGCUCGAAAAGCCCGUCUCAAACUCUCGUUGGAAGGGGACGAUGCCGAACCGGAACUGACACAUCUCUUUCAAGGAGCGGCCGAAAUGCUCGAAAAGGAAAACAACGAACCCGAACAAGUCGCCAAACCUCCAUCACAACUACAACCACUGGGAUAUGUCAAUGCCAGUGAUCAUACCGUCCGACGGGGGUCUUUUAGUCGGCUUCCACCAGAACAAACACCACGACCUCUCUUGCAGCCGCCCGAAUCGUACACAACAAACAACAAACCCACCCGCACUCGACGCCGAUGA